AUGGAAGGCAUGUUGGAGAAUGAUUCAAACUGUCCUCUUCAACAUUCUGUGGUAUCAGAGUCAAGUUUGAUUGUUAUUAAGUGUAUUUCUCAUGGCGACAAACAACAAUACCUUGAGAAUGGGUAUCCUGAUGACGAUGAGGAGGCUAAGUUGAGAGAAAACCGGAAAAGAGACAACAAAACAUUAUUCUUCAUUCAGCAAGCUGUUCACGAGUCAAAAUUUUCAAAAAUUGCAAAAACAGAAAUUGCAAAAGACGCUUGGACAACAUUGCACAUGGCGUAUCAAGACACUUCAAAAGUUGUUACAGUGAAGCUUCAGAUUCUUCGUUGUGACUUUGAGACGUUGCAAAUGAAAAGUGUAGAAUCCGUGCAAGAUUAUCUUACAAGGGUAGCAGCGUUUGAUCAUGUCAUUGCAGCUAUUGAAGAGUCUAAAGACUUAGCUACUUAUUCAUUUGAUGAACUACAAGGAUCUUUGCAGUCCCAUGAAGCGAGAUUGAACCGCACAAAUGACAAGUCUGACGAAAAGGCAUUCCAAGUGAUGGGGGAGCCUUCCAAGCAGCAAGACGAUUCAAGGAAGACCACAUAUAGAAGAGGUUAUCGUGGCAGAGGUGGUUAUCGUGGUAGAGGAGGUCGAGGCAGAGGUAGUGUGUUGGGCAUGAUGAACAAAGGCAGAUGA